AUGGCUACACAAUCUCUUCCAUCCACCCCCAAGGCUUCGCGUCCUACAGCUGAGCCAUCGGGGUCUGGCACCCCGGGAAAUGGCAAAGUACUGUGGAACGGUGCUGCCUUGGUCCUGAGCUGGACGUUUGGAAAUACUUUCAAGUCCUAUACUCGCCGUAUCUUCGACAAUAAUCAUGUCUAUAACCAGCUUCCAUUGCUGCUUAUCCAACUCUUUUUCAUCCUAAACAUCCUUUUGGCUGUCUCGCCUCUUUUCCGACCGAAGGACAACCUCAGCGAUAUUCCUCUUACUCCUACACAACGUCAACUUCUUGGCUUGGAUCCUACAGCAACCCCUCCAGCUACACCAGGAACUACGUAUGUCACGCCUCCACGGUACCGUUUGUCUACAUCGCGCAAAGCUAGUCCCGCUAGCGCAAAUCGACAGGGUUCUCCCUUAUCUACGACUCCUACUCUUUCGGACCGACCAAACAAUUUCUCACCUAUCACAAGCCCCUUGUUCCAUACGGCAGUUGCAGGCAGAGAGUCUGUCCGAAGACCAAGCUUUGGCUCGUCAAUCUCAUCAUCUCUUGGUCGAAGCAACUCGUUCGGGGAGUCUGGGAUGUCUAGCAUUGGGCCCAGUACCCCUUCACCUUUGGCUGCGAUGGGGGCAUCGGAGUCAAAGCUUGUAUUUAAGCAGGGUAUCUUCCGUCUCUCUGAGGUGCAGGAGAUCCCCGCAGACGACCCCUACUGGACAAGAUUUUGGGAACUGCCUGAAUCCACCGAGGAUGUCUUCAGCUUGUUCACCCCGGCUGAUAUUCGACGAACGCGCGACAAUGCCUUAUCGAACUUCGAAACGCUACUACUUUCGGUCUCCUCUCGGCUUAUCGUCUUGAAAAAUCAUCCUUCGUUCCCUGAUCCCGACCUAGCUCCCGAUCGUGAUGCGCUCAACUGCAUUCGUAUUCUUACUCGACUCCUCCCUUUCGUCUACGAAGCCGAGCAUCUGGAGGGCUGGGAGGAUAAAUUCUUCUGGUCUCGUCGCAAGAGGAAGACUCGACAAGCCCAAAUAACAGGGGAGGUUCUCUUUGACGAAGCACGGCCGGAGGACCAGCAAGAGCAGUCUUCCGAUGAAUAUGAGGAUAGUGGUGUUGGUUGCAAUACGGCCAUGGGAUCCAACAAGACUAUGGAGAACAAUCGAUGCGAGAUCCUGCGGUUAUUGCUGACAUUGACAGGAAAGGCCAUGUACAUGCCUUCCAACGUUCUUCCAGUUCAAGGAGUCAAGGCAAUCACCUACAUCACCACUUGCCAGGAAAAACAAUCUGUCUUGACACUUCUAUGUUCUCUCCUGAACACAGCUAUGAAGUAUAACCCCGCCUCGUGGAGGGUCCCAUAUGAUCAUGUCGUCUGGAAAGACCCAAAACAGAUCUUAGUGAUCUACUGUCUACAAUUUCUCCUAGUUCUCCUUCUGUACCCCAUUCCAGAAGAUGGCCGGGGGACCCCACCCAAGAAUUACUAUCGGCACUUCUUUGGAAGGUUGCAUAGGCCUGAGGACUUCCAAUUUCUCGUGGAUGGCAUGACGAGAAUUCUCAACCAACCUAUGCAAGCUACCAAUUCAUAUCUUCCUGGGAGUCAAGGAUCGGUCAAGUGGGCACCUGAGAUCUUGAUCUUGUACUGGGAAGCCUUGCAGUGCAACAAGCGCUUUAGGUCCUUUAUCAUUGACUCCAACCGUUCACAUGACUUUCUGAUACUUUGCAUUUUCUAUGCGAUGGAGUACAGAAUGGAUGCAUCCAAGCAGGGUGUUGUGCGCAUGUGCAUUUUCAUUCUUCAGACUAUGAGUACAGAGUCCAAUUUUGGCAAGAGCCUUAACAUGAAAUUUGAGGCACAAGAAACACUACCACAAUCUAUCCGAUUGUUGAAGUUUCGUGGAUCCUAUGCUGAUUACCUCGUCAUGUCCAUUCACACUCUGAUUACAACCAGUAAGGGAAAGCUCGAUACCGUCUACCCGGCUCUUCUCAUAGUUCUCAACAACGUUGGCCCCUACAUUCAGCACAUAUCCCCAUCAGCCUGUUCCAAGAUCAUCCAGCUCUUCUCUUCCAUGUCAGCACCUAGCUUCCUGCUGGCCAAUGAGACAAACCACACUCUUCUCGCAUCAUUGCUAGACUUUAUAAAUGUGAUGAUUGAACACAAUUUUGCCAAAAACCCAUACCUUGUCUAUUCAGUCUUGAAGUAUAGACAGAAGUUUGAGGCCGUGCGGGCAUUUACCCUUGAAAGUGGGCAGCAAGAGAUAGAACGAAAGAAAGAGAAACAAAAGGCUGGAGGAGAGACUACCAGUGAAAUCUCCAGCCCGUCUCUCUCCCAUUCAGAAGAAGAUAUGACUCGGCCACCCUUGACUCGUAUCCCUGAGGAGAACAGUGCCUUUACAAUUGGCGAUGAUGAUUCAGAUGACGAAGAACAGCAGACUCCGUCCCAGUCAUCUCCCUCGGCUCAGAACUCACGCAGAGCAUCCGUAGCCUCUAGCGAUGAGCCACAUGUGCGAGGAAUGUCAGAAAAGGCGCGUGGUAAGAAGCCUGCUGGACAACCAUCCUUUUCACGACAAAACAGCAUGACCAGCCAGACCAGCAUGUCCGCUCUGUUCUUGACCUCGCCUUCUGGAUUUACGCCCACUGUGAACUGGCUUGAGUCUUGGCUUCCGGAGCUUCCUCUGCACACAGUUCUUACGAUAAUUUCCGCAAUUGCACCCCACAUCCCGGACACAGCUCUUCAGGCUGUUUCCAGCCAUGAGGCUCGUACUCUCAUUCAUAACCUACCAUCCUUCGGUGAAGAACCACAAGUCAAGAGCAUCAUCUCCGAACCGACCCCUGUUCGUGCCCAACCAUUUGAGUGGUCAGCGCUUUCGAUGGGCUGGUAUGAGUCACUACUGUGGGGAUUCAUUUUCUCGAGUGAAAUGGUAGUUGGAUCUGGAGCUACCCCAGGCACAGUGGGAGUGUGGAAUAAUACAGCUAUUGUGCUCUUCCGGGUUCAAGAAGCAGCUGCCCAAGGUCCAACACUAAUGGCUCCGAAGGGUGCAGUGGAUGCAGUUGGAAGUAACCUUGUUCAGCGGAUUGGAAAUCUUAGUCUCCGAGGUAAUUCAGCAACUCAGGCUAGCAAUAACUAG